CCCGCCCCGGCGCAUGCGCGGCAGCGGACCCCCGGCGAGAUGGCGGAGGAGGAGCCGAGGCGGCGGAUCCCGCUGGUGCCGGAGAACUUGCUGAAGAAGAGGAAGGCCUACCAGGCCAUCAAGGCCACCCAGGCCAAGCAGGCACUCCUCAGCAAGCGGAAGCACCAGAAGGGGAAACAAAUCCAGUUUAAACGCCUUGAGACUUUUGUUCGAGAUUCAUGGCGCAAACACCGAGAUGACAUCCGGCUGAGGCGCAUGGAGCAGAGACCUGGACAGACGGCUGUACCUCAGGAGCACAAACUAGCCUUUGUUGUGCGGAUUGUAGAUAUUAAGGGAGUGAGUAGGAGAGUAAGAAGAGUGAUUGAUUUGCUGCGGCUGAGAAAAAAUUUCACUGGAACGUUUGUUAAACUGACUCCUUUAUCGCUGAAGAUGCUGCGGAUUGUAGAACCUUACGUGGCGUGGGGACACCCUAACCUGAAAUCUGUACGAGAGCUCAUCCUGAAACGGGGCCAAGCGAAGAUUGAGAAAAAGAGGAUGCCUCUGACAGACAAUAUGCUGAUAGAGAAACAUUUAGGAGACUGUGGUAUUAUUUGCCUGGAAGACCUUAUUCAUGAAAUCUACUCGGCUGGGAAGUAUUUCAAAAAAGUCACAAACUUUCUAUGGCCAUUCCAUCUGUCAGUGGCUCGCUAUGCUUCACGUAACAAAGUGGGUUUCCUCAAGGAAAUGGGUAAGCCUGGCUGCAGAGGUGAAGCAAUCAACCAGCUUAUACGUCAGCUGAACUAGUCAGGGUCUUUGUGAAAACUUCAGGAUUUGUAACCUGUUCUUUUUCACAUGUAGUUUUCAUGGACAUUAUUACUAUGCAGUGAUAUACUGUAUCUCUUGACUGUUGGUGCCUCUGUAGAAAAAGUAUACAGACGAUGAUGGGGAUGGACUUUGGGAUGGUCCCUAUUAAAGAAGAUAAAUUGUAUUUGGCGCAAGAAAGAAGUGACUUGAACUUCCUGGAGCAAUCUGACUUCUGCAUCUCUGUAAAAUAAGGUUUUUUUAAUACCUGUUACUGCUGGCUCUGUACCAGUCACCUCCUGAUCUCAUCUUUGGUAUAAAGGAGUGGUUGUCAGUUCCUGAUUUAAAUUUCUGUUACAGUUGACUUGCACUCACUGUUCUGAUCCAGUCCUCCCGAGGGAAGUACACCUCCUUCUGGGUGUAAAGGGGCAGUGCAGUCACCUGUUUAAGAAUAUUGCUGACAGGCAGAAGAAGACACUAGGUAUUCCUCUGUUACUGCAGUGCAAGCCCUAGAAGUGAGUAAUGUAACAUUUUUUCAUGUACCUAGAUUGUAUUUAUUUUAAAAGCCAUGAUUUUAUGCUAUUGAUUUACAAAAGGCUGUCUUUUCAAUUCUGCUAGAUUGGGACUGUUAGAACUAUUUCCUGGUAGGAAAGCCCAGAAACUUUGAUUACAUAUCCUCUACCCCUGUACUACAAUGUUUUUUAAAUAAACUUUUGAAAUUACACUGUUACAAUAGGAAGAGUUGUAUAUAACUCUAGAAGAGUGGGAGAAGCUAAAUACUCUGGCUGAUGUGAAUUUGAUGAAGGAAAUGAACAAAUCCAGGGAAGAGCCUGAAAGUUCUAUUACCACUUUCUUAGAAUUUUAAAUCCCUAAUUUGCAUGAAGAAUGCCAUUUAACAAAUAUGGAAGGCACUGUGCUUAAUCAUUAGGUCACCGUAACUAUUUAUACUGUUAUUUGAAGACUUACAUGGGGGCAAACUACUAAUCUAUGAAUGGGUUUCAUAUUGACUCCAACACACUUGUUUUGAGACUCAGAGGAAACAGUUAAAGUAAUAAUAAAUAGGAUGCCUUAUGGUAUUAAUAUGGCAGUUAUAAACUAAGAUAUAGCAUUCAUUAAACCAUCUAAAUACAAAGUAGUACAGACUCUGAAUUAGAGAACAUGAUAUAAUUUCAAGCUUUAUUCUGUAAAACAAGAAUACAAACAUAGAAAAUGCUUGACAGGCACUAGAGACGUACAUUGACUUAGAACAACACCAUCCCCAGAACUUGAGUCCAGCAGUCAUUAAUAUACAAGGCUUUAUAUAUUUAUCAGGAAAAUCUUAAACAGCUGCUUUCAUUGUAAAGAGGUACAAGUAACUUCAGAGUUGUUCUGUUGAUUCAUUUUAGGAUUGUUUCUGGUAAUAAAACAACCCAGGCUUUUAACAUGAAGAACUGGCAUGUCGGGAGUGAGAUUUUUUUUUUUAGUGCCAGAGAGAACUUAAGCCUGCUAAUAGAAUGUAGUUUAUAAUAACCUUAAAAUGCUGAAUUACAGGAUCGGAACACAAUUCUAGUAAUUAAUCCUAGAUUUGGCAGUUUUUCUAGUGAAUGCGGUAGUUUAACACACCAUUAGUUUAGCUCAUACAGUUAAGUAAGAAUUUAACUAUCAUUAUGAACACCUUAUUUAGACCUCUUUAAAAACGCUAGCUUAGUCUAGUGUUGCACCACAUUAUCAUAGACAAACACAUUGCCUUUUUUCUGUAUCAUACUUCAGAAAGAGCAACAGUAAUGAUGUGUUCAUGAGUUAGCUGCACUAUGAACAGAAACUAUACAAGAUGACAGGAUAUAUACAAAACUC